AUGGGGAGCUGCGCGGGAGAGGAGGAGUGGCCCGGCGGCGUGACGGGGCCGGAUGCCGAGGUCGGAGCGCUCGUCUGGGUGCGCCGCCGCAACGGAUCCUGGUGGCCGGGCCGGAUCCUCGGCAUGGACGAGCUUCCCGAGAACAUCGUCAUCCCGCCGCGCUCCGCCGGCACGCCUAUCAAGCUCCUCGGCCGCCCCGACGGCAGCAUUGACUGGUAUAAUCUUGAGAAAUCUAAACGUGUGAAGUCAUUUCGGUGUGGAGAAUAUGAUGAAUGUAUAGUAAAAGCCAAGGCUCUAGCUCGCCAGCAAAAGAGGACACAUACUGAAGGGAGAUAUGUUCGCAGAGAGGAUGCCAUUAUGCAUGCCCUUGAAAUCGAAAGGUCCCGUUUUCCAAAUAAAUGUGAUGAUCUUGAAGAGGACGCCACCAAUGAUAUGUGUGCAUCCCAGAAUAUAUGUUCUGCAAAGUCUAUAAAUAUAAAUGGGCUCAGCAAAAAAUCUCAUGGUGCAAGGAGUCUGUAUGAUAUAGAAGAAAAUUCAGCUCAAGAGUCGUCUCAAGCCUUGACACUGUAUAAACUGCCACAAAAUUUAUCCUCUUCAAGCACUAGGUAUGCAUCGUCAAAAAGGAAGAAGCGGAAGGGACAUAAAGAUCAUGAGGAUGAUACAGUUAAAGGAUUCCAGCGUAUGAGAGAUCUUAGGGAGAUUGGAACAAAGAAUGUUCCCAAGCAGAAGUCUGGUGCAGGAAUCGUUUCAGAUGUACCUCUUCUUGAAAGUGGACCAAGCUUUGGCUAUGAUUUGUCCAGUGCCAAUGGGAUAAAAAAGGGUAAACAGUCUCAGUCAUCCAUAAAAAAGAAACGGUCCAAUAUCGGGCAAUCCUAUGAUAGUUUGAGUAAGAAAGAUAGGCAUCGCCCUCUAUCAAUGUUAUGUGAAGAUUCAGAAGUGUCUGGAACUUAUUAUCAUUGGGACCCUUCAGGCCAGUCUUCUAGUCAGUACCCAGGAGGCCAGAUACCCAAUUUGUUUGAAUCAAGUAGGGCAAAAAAUAUUUUUCCAACUGAUGUAAAUAACUGUUCCUACAGCUCAGGCACUUCAAGUUUGGAGACAUUAUUAGAUACAUCACACAUCAAUCAUAAAGGUUCUGUAAAUGCUGUUACUCUCAAGGAUGCUGCCCCAUGCACGACUGGAUUUCUCAAUGAUGACUGCCCUGAUUGUGAUGGAUUUCUUGAUGCCGUUACUUUGGAGGGUGAUGUUAUGCAGGAAGGCCAUCUGGAUAUUUAUGGAUCUUGUGCAUCCAUAAAGGAUCAAAUUUCAAAACUGGUUAAUCAAAGUACUGGCUGUGGCAUAGGUGGCAUACCUUCAACUCGGCACAAUAGAAAUUCCAAGAAGAAAAGCAUAACGUCUGUCAAUUUGAUACCUAAAGAAAGCCACAAGAGGGAUAAAAAUUCGCUGCUGCAAUGUGAAGGGAUUAUAAAAUCGGAAGGUACUGUCUUUAGGCCUGCUGAACUUGAGGAUAAUACACAACAUGCGACUCCUGAGCAUGAUGAGUCCUCUGAAACUAUAAGCAACCAUUCAAACUCUGAGAAGGGCACAACAUCAUUCCCCAAUUAUGUUCCACUUCAAGUACUACCACCGCCUGGACAGCGGCCUGAUCUGAAACCUCCAAGAUGCCCUGUAACGAGUCCAACUAAGAGAGCACGCGAAGAUCAUAGAUUAUAUGAUGUUGAGCUGACUGUCCAAAGAAGCUACAAGGGUUAUCAUGUGCCCCUUGUUUCCCUCAUGAGUAAAUGGUCAGGUAAACCAAUUGUGGGGUAUCCUGUCACUGUGGAGGUUUUGGAGGAUAGUCGUCCCACCACAAGUAGAGAUGAGCACCGCCCGGUGAUGGGCAGUCUCGACUCCUUACUGAAGAGCAGAGUUGCAGAACCACGGCAAGCAAGAUCUUCACAUGCACCACGAUCAAAAUCUAAAUCCAGUGGACGUAAAAAGGCCUCAGAACAUGAUUUGGACAAGUCUUGGCGACCCCAUACCAAGAAACCAGUAUCUUCGCCAAGGAAAAUGAGGAGGCUAUCAUCUUUCGCUGGCAGCCGGAGAGAUUGUGCAGACCAGAAGCCUGUAGUUGCACAAACUGACGGACCAGCAGUCGCCUGCGUCCCACUUCGACUCGUUUUCAGUAGGAUCAAUGAAGCACUAAGCUUUCCGUUGAGACAAGAAAACCCCACCUGA